AUGUCGACGACCAAGAAACAACCGGAAUGGCACAUCCCCGCCUCGGAGGAAACAGUUUCGGUCCUUAAACUGUAUAACUCCCUCACGAGAUCCAAGAUCAUCCUUCGAGCUCGCCAAAAUUAUCUUUACAAUAACCUCAAAUCGUCCACCGAUGCGCUCACAUCCGAAUUGAUCGAGACCGUUCGUACCGCGUUGAAUGAUUUCGCAAAGACCAAACUCGGUGUGAUUGCGGGCACUCCUAUGGCCACCGAUAAAAAUGAUCCAAAGUAUCUCUUGCAUGCCAACGCAUUCUCUUCCCGAGGUUACUCUUCACCAUCAUUAAUUGUGCAUGAAUAUUCUUUACAGAGGGAAACUGUGAAAGCCGUUGCGGCAGCCGAAGUGUCGCUUGAAGAUGUGGACACAGGUAGAGAAGUCGCCCAUAAAUUGUUAGACGAUUCGUAUGAAGUCAUUGUUGCGUGGUUGGACAAGGAGAAAGGCGCAUCGGUCACGGACCCGAAGAUCUUUCGCGACUUGGCUGCAUAUUGGGAAAAGAGUUACAUGGAGGACAUGAAAGCAUUGAAUGUUCUGCCUUGUGAUGUCUUGACACGUGUCAGCGAGUAUGUGCCAGAAAUUGUUGAGUAUGUCAAGAAGAUUUUGGAGAACGGCUAUGCGUAUGAAUCCUAUGGAUCGGUCUAUUUCGACACCAAUGCGUUUGACGGCAAAGACGGUCAUCAUUAUGCCAAGUUGGAACCCUGGUCAACGGGUAAUGAGAAACUUAUCGAGGAGGGGGAGGGAAGCUUGGGAAGUAAAUUGGCCGGAAAGAAAAACAAGAGUGACUUUGCCCUGUGGAAAAAGAGUAAACCGGGGGAACCAUCUUGGGAGUCACCUUGGGGACCGGGUCGCCCCGGAUGGCAUAUCGAGUGUUCCGUGAUGGCAAGCGAAGUCCUAGGCGAAAAUAUGGACAUUCACUCGGGUGGAAUUGAUUUGGCGUUCCCGCAUCACGACAACGAGCUGGCACAAUCGGAGGCAUAUCACGGGUGUCAUCAAUGGGUCAACUAUUUUAUUCACGCCGGGCAUUUGAAUCUUGAAGGCAUGAAGAUGAGCAAGUCGCUGAAGAAUUUCAUUACCAUUCAAGAAGCGUUGGAAAAAUACAGUCCUCGACAGAUUCGACUGUUCUUUCUUCUUCAUCAAUGGGACGCAAAGAUAGACUUCAAGGAUUCCAGCUUGGUGGAGGCAAAAAGCAUCGAAACAAUUCUCAAUAAUUUCUUUGUCAACGCCAAGGCCCUGAUAAAUGAAUUCAAACUCUCUGCGUACGAGUCCGAUGGGAAGCAUCGAUAUCGUGGUCCGGAGAAAGAGAUCAUAAGUCUGUUCCUCGAGAAACAACGAAUCAUCCACGCCGCGCUUUGCGACUCCCUCAACACGCCGGUCGUCAUGCUAGAAAUAAUGGAUCUAGUGAACAAGACCAACGUCUAUAUUUCGGCCGGAAGAAAUAGCAUAAAUGUAAAUGCGGUUGAACUAAUAGCGAGAUAUGUGACGAAAAUGCUUAGAAUAUUUGGUGUUAUGGAAAGCACGGCAACCGAGGAGAUCGGAUUUGGCACAUCGGAGAAACAAGGGAUCUCCAGCAAUGAAAAGGAGGAUCUCAUUCUUCCCUAUCUCCGCGUUCUAUCAGGUUUUCGUGACAACGUUCGCGAACUCGCUCGACAGAAGAAAGCACACGAGGAAUUUCUGUUGAUCAGUGAUAAACUGAGAGAUACCGAGUUGGUAGAUCUGGGUGUGUCAUUAGACGACCAGGAAGACGGCAAGGCUUUGGUUAAGUUGGUGGAUAGGGAUGAGCUUAUCAAGUCAAGAGAAGAGAGACUAAGAGCUCAGGCUGAAAAGGCGGCCAAAAAAGAAGCGGCAGCGAAAGCAAAGGAGGAGGAGAAGAGGAAAAGGCUGGAACAAGGAAAGAUAGAUCCCGAGAUGAUGUUCAAGGAGGCCAAGGAUGAAGAGGGUAAAGAUUUGUACUCUGCAUUUGAUGAGAUGGGAAUCCCGACCCACGAUAACAACGGCGAAGAACUUUCCAAGAACAGGGUGAAGAAGUUAAAGAAAGAAUGGGAGGUCCAGAAAAAAUUGAACGCCGAAUAUUUAGAUUGGAAACAAAAAAAUGUCUCCGAGCAGACUUAG